AUGUUUGUACGCACGAAGAACUACGAGCUAAAUGGUAAUGCGGCGAUUCCCGUCAUUUCGCCACAGAAAAGUAUUAUCGAAGACCAGUUGCAGGAGAUGGAAUUGUUGGGCUACCCAGCGAAAGAUUUAGCCAAUUUAUCGAACGAUGACAUUCGCCGAUGUAACUUAGCAAUAAAAGAGGGUGGUUUUACCUCAUGCCAAAAUGCUGCUUAUUCCAAUAAAGUUGUUUUUAUCUGCUGGGUAGAUUAUGCUCUGGAAGGUUCUGCAUUUAUACUGAGCAAAUGUUAUUUUAGCCGCAUGUUUCACACUGAGAGGUCAUGA